AGAUAGCAACAGCCUUCUGAUUGGCGUACGAAGUAUGACUAUCCAAUGAGAACACAUGUAACUUAUCUUCGUUCGGUAAUCUGUCAACAAUGUCGCACCACACUCAGAGUCAGAUUCAGAGUCAUCAAAGACCGAUACAGCAAGACUGGGCGAACCGAGAAUACAUUGAGGUCAUCACCGGGAGUAUUAAAAAGAUUUCUGAUUUUCUAAACUCAUUCGAUACAUCCUGUAGAUCGAGGCUGGCCACACUAAAUGAAAAGUUGACCCAUUUGGAGAGAAGAGUGGAAUAUAUCGAGGCCAGGGUCACAAAAGGAGAAACAUUGACAUAAUGUAAUAUACCAAAAUAUUGAAUAGGACAGAAGGAAUGAAAGGAUAUUUAAAGAUUGAAAACAAAGGAGUGGAUCAUCCAAUGAACAUGGUGGUGUACAGAAACUAACUUGAAGAUGUCGUCAUCCUUUGCAUGUAGCAAUACAGAAUGAAUGUUUUAUAAGAAUAUAUCGAUACAUGAUUGUAACUUUGAUGUAUAUGCGACUUGGAUGUUCCUGUACUUCAAAAGUAAUACACACAGUUACUUGUUCAAUUACAUAAAUACUUUUAUGUAGUUUUUACAGGAUGAAUGAGAUGAAUUUGACAUUUAUUGUUAUGAUAACAAAUAUACAUACAUGUACAUGUAUGUAUUUCAUUUAUUAACAGACAUCAAAAUUCUCAAGAUCAAACACCUAUGGCUAAUGUUUUAUUUUUAGUAGUAUUAGGAAUCAAAUUAGAGAGUCUUGAAUUACUUUAUCAAAAUUUUGAAGAAAAUUUAAGUUUCAUUCUAUUUACUUGGUGAAUUUAUUCCCAUAUUUCAUCACAUAUACACAUUCAAAUGGGUAAAUUGUAAAGAAUUUUGAUGAAUUCCACGUCUAGUAAAUGGCUGUAGUUAUGCUUUUCUAUGAAAUGUAUUAUUUAUUUCUGAUUAUCAUACAGAUUUAAAACUUUCCUGGAAAUUAAUCAAAUGAAUUUUAUCGCAUUAAAACUAUUUAUAAUUUUUCCAA